AUGGCGGCCACUUCUUCCCUUGACCACCUGAGCAACCGCAUGAAGCUGGAAUGGCACUCCAAGCUUAACACCGAGAUGGUGCCGGCCAAGAACUUCCGCCGCACCUCUAUCAUCGGCACCAUUGGUCCCAAGACCAACUCCGUCGAGAAGAUCAACGCCCUCCGCACAGUGGGUCUCAACGUUGUUCGCAUGAACUUCUCCCACGGCUCUUAUGAGUACCACCAAUCUGUGAUCGAUCACGCCCGUGAAGCUGCUCGCGUCCAGACUGGCCGUCCUCUGGCCAUCGCCCUUGACACCAAGGGCCCUGAGAUCCGUACUGGUAACACCGUUGACGAUGCCGACAUCCCCAUCAAGAUUGGCCACGAGCUCAACAUCACCACCGACGAUGCCUACGCCGCCGCCUGUGACGAUAAGAACAUGUACCUUGACUAUAAGAACAUCACCAAGGUGAUCUCCCCCGGCAAGCUCAUCUAUGUUGACGAUGGUAUUCUGUCGUUCGAGGUGAUCGAGGUUGUGGAUGAUAAGACCCUGCGCGUCAAGUGCUUGAACAACGGCAACAUCUCUUCCCGCAAGGGUGUCAACCUGCCCGGUACCGACGUAGACCUGCCCGCUCUCUCUGAGAAGGAUAUCGCCGACCUGAGGUUCGGUGUCAAGAACAACGUUGACAUGGUCUUCGCUUCAUUUAUCCGCCGCGGCAGCGACAUUACUCGCAUUCGUGAGGUCCUCGGCGAGGAGGGCAAGGAGAUCCAGAUCAUUGCCAAGGUUGAGAACCAGCAGGGUGUUAACAACUUCGAUGAGAUCCUCCAGGAGACUGACGGUGUCUUCAUCGCCCAGAAGAUGAUGAUCGCCAAGUGCAACAUCAAGGGCAAGCCCGUUAUCUGUGCCACCCAGAUGCUGGAGUCCAUGACAUACAACCCCCGUCCUACCCGUGCCGAGGUUUCAGACGUUGCCAACGCCGUCCUUGACGGUGCUGACUGUGUCAUGCUGUCGGGUGAGACUGCCAAGGGUAACUACCCUUGCGAGGCCGUCAAGAUGAUGCACGAGACCUGCCUUCUGGCCGAGGUCACCAUCCCCCACUUCCAGAUCUUCGAUGAGCUCCGCAACCUGGCUCCUCGCCCCACUGAGACCUCCGAGUCCAUUGCCAUGGCCGCUGUUAGCGCCAGUCUGGAGCUGAAUGCCGGCGCCAUUGUCGUCCUGACCACCAGUGGUAAAACUGCCCGCCUUCUGUCCAAGUACCGCCCUGUCUGCCCUAUCAUCAUGGUCACUCGUAACGCUACCGCUUCCCGGUACUCUCACCUGUACCGCGGUGUCUGGCCCUUCUACUUCUCUGAGAAGAAGCCCGACUUCAACGUUAAGAUCUGGCAGGAGGAUGUCGACCGCCGUCUUAAGUGGGCCAUUAACCACGGCCUCAAGCUCGGCAUCGUUAACAAGGGCGACCCCAUCGUCUGCGUCCAGGGAUGGCGUGGCGGUAUGGGCCACACCAACACCGUUCGUGUGGUCCCCGCAGAGGAGAACCUUGGUCUCGCCGAAGAGUAA